CGCAUAUGACCGUCCCGCUCCAUUUUGGCUCGCCUUCUUCUUACAACAAGCGGCGGCUACCGUGCGGGUAGCGGAAGCCAACUGUCUUCUUUUCGUCUAAGUUCCGUGUUGAUAAAGCGUGGAUAGCAUAAUAGUUGUCGCGCGUGUUUUCGUCUCAACUGCGAGCCGUCUUCGUCUGAAAAAUGGACGGAGAAGAGGACGACUUCAUGUCCGGGAGCCACUCCGACGACGGAGGCGGAACUCCAGUCCAGGAUGAACAUCUGGCAUCAGACGGCGAGGACGCGAGCAGCAACAAACAUCGUUCUGAGGACGAGGGCAGCGACGACGAGGACGCGUCCUACGACAAACGCCGGGAAGACAGCGACUCCGACGACGCCCGGCGAGACGCCGGCAGCGACUCGGAGGCGGAAGCGCCCGUUCGCCGCGGCGACGACCGGGGGAGCGGCUCCGACGAGGAACCUCCGAGGCCCGCCGUCAGCGACGACGACUCUGUGGGCAAACGUGGGAUGAGCGCGUCAGCGGACGAGGCGCCAGUCAAACGCGCCGCCUCGGACGAUGAGGAGGGCGAGGCGUCUUCCUCUGCCCGCCGCAGAGGGAGCGGCUCGGACAGGGAGGAGGACGGAGGCCCGGCGGCGGCGAGCGACUCUGACAACGAGGACGCCAAAGCCAAAUCCCCCGCCGACAGUGACUCUGACACGGAGACGCCGGCCAGACACAAGGCGCCGGCCGACUCCGGCGACGAGUCGGACACGCGGCCGAGGGGGGGCGACGAGCGGGCGGGAGGCGAGCGGAAGGCCGUCGUGCGGUCAGACAGCGACGACGACGACCACAAGGAGGACGGCGGCGGCGAGGGGGGGAAGGACGCCCCCGACGUGGCAGGAAGUGACGGAGACGCGCGGGAGGCGCGGAAAACCUCGGACAACAGCGACGACGACGACGACGAGCCGCCAGUGAAGAGGAAGAAGGCCGUCCUCUCAGACAGCGACGAAGACGAGCGGGCUGGCAAAGCGGCCGUCAAGAGGAGUCGCGCGGUUUCCGACGACGACUCCGACAGCGACGGCGAGUCGGGCGGGAUCGAUAAGAGCAUGGCGGCCAAGCUCCGAGAGCUCGGCUCGGACAGCGGCAGCGACGACGACGGCGGCGGCGGGCGCGCCGAGGCCGCGGCCGAGGACAAGGACGAGAAGGCGCUCUUUGGGAGCGACAGCGACGACGACGACAACCAGGAGGAGAAAAUGAUCGCAGACAUCUUUGGGGAGUCUGGAGACGAGGACGAGGAAGAGUUCACGGGCUUCAACCAGGAGGACCUGGAGGGCGCAAAGAAGGAGGCCAAGGAGAAGCGGCGGGAGCCGGACGACUCGGACUCCGACGAGGGCGUCCGGCGCAGAGGCCAAGACACCAGCUUCAUGUCCGACUUCGACAUCAUGCUGGCUCGCAAGAAGGCCAUGAGCGGCAAGCGGCGGCGCCACCGAGACGGCGGGACGUUUAUCAGCGACGCCGACGACGUGGUCAGCGCCAUGAUCGCCAAGAUGAACGAGGCCGCGGAGGAAGACAGAACCCUGAACAGCGCCAAGAAGCCGGCGCUGAAGAAGCUCACUCUGCUGCCUCAAGUGGUCAUGCACCUGAAAAAGCAGGACCUGAAGGAGACGUUCAUCGACAGCGGCGUCAUGUCGGCCAUCAAAGAGUGGAUCAGCCCGCUUCCCGACAAAUCGCUGCCGGCGCUCCGGAUCCGAGAGGAGCUGCUCAGGAUCCUGCAGGAACUGCCGAGCGUCAGUCAGGAGACGCUGAAGCACAGCGGGAUCGGCCGCGCCGUCAUGUUCCUGUACAAGCACCCCAAAGAGUCGCGAUCCAACAAAGACCUGGCCCUCAAGCUCAUCAACGAGUGGUCGCGACCCAUCUUCGGCCUGACGUCCGACUACAAGGGGAUGACGCGAGAGGAGCGGCAGCAGCGGGACCUGGACCAGCAGAUGCCUCAGCGCAGGCGACUCAGUUCCGGUGGACAGACUCCCCGCCGGGACCUUGAGAAACAGCUGACGGGGGAGGAGAAAGCGCUGCGACCGGGCGACCCGGGCUUCUGCGCCAGGGCCCGAGUACCGAUGCCCUCCAACAAAGACUACGUCGUGCGGCCCAAGUGGAACGUGGAGAUGGAGUCCAGCAGGGGUUCCAUGAAGAAGGGGAUGUCCCGGGUGGACAAGCAGAUGCGUCGCUUCGCAGACAUCCGCCGCCUCACCAAGACGGGACACGCUGUGAAAAUCAGCGUGGAGGGAAACCGCAUGCCGCUAUAGGAUUGCUUUUCUUUUCUUUACUCUUCUUGAUUUUGUUUGUUUGUUUGUUUGUUUGUUUGGUUGGCGCAGCUCGACACAAAAGUGAGGUCUCGCUCUGUCGUUUUUAAUUGCCAUCCGUGAAGCCCAGCCGCUCGGUCACACGGUCUCCGUCGAUGUCAUCGGAAGUUCAACUAUGUCAUCUGCGGUGUUCUAAAAGAUGAGCGUGUCGCAUAGUGGUCUCUAGAAAGAGAUGCAUCAAAUUCAACAGGAAGUCACCAGUGAUGUCACAUCAGGUCUCCUCGACAACGCUGAUGAUGUCCCAGCUCGUCCAAGGUCCGCUUGGAGAACCUUCGUGUGCUCUGUUCUGGGUCCAGGAUGCUUUUCUUAAUAAAAAAAAAAUAAUAAUAAUUACAAAAAAAAAAAACUGGCCUCUUUCUGUCACGCAUACGUACAUGACACCGUUAUUAUAUGAUCUGUUCAUGUCUAUCAUUUUAACAUCUGGGAAGACUGAAGAUGAACAGAUUGUUACCAUGACGACGUAUCCGACUUGUUCUUGACCAGGACAUUUGUAAUGGAGAUUAUUCUCAAUGAGGCUUUCCUGUUCAAACAAACAAACAAGCAAACAAAAAAAUCCUUCUCCAGACAAAACUGUGUGACUGGAAAUUCCGCAUUGUACCUAAAGUAACCACACUGAUCCACUGGUUUUAAAAAGAACACUGAUAAACGAUCAGUUUUACUAAACAAUGGAAACUGGAGGUCAAUACUGACCAAACCUUAUGAUAAGAUGGAUAUUUUAUUUAAAACGCACCAUAAGAAGUUGAGGUUUCCAAUGUGACGUCAUUGUAACGGAAAUCAUUCCCACGACCGGCGAGUGAAAAGUAGAAAAGGAAGCAAUUAGCAACGUACACUUAUGUGCUUACAAAAACAACAUCAGUCGUGAAGCACAACGGUAAGUUGGAAAUAACUUGUGAAAUAAUGCUUUGUGCUUCCAACUUGAAGGCUCGAAUAGAAAUUGUGUUGUUGUUGUUGUUAGCUAGCACAAGCUAGCUCAAUUCAGUGGAACAUCCGGGUACAAAAUGAUUUGUAUAUCUGCUCCGGACCCCACACGUGAAGAUUAAAAACAAUAAGAAUAAUCACUUAACAGUUCUGCUUGUACUCUUUAUGGUGUGCUCCGAUCAUCUCGACACGCAAGACCAAACACCACCGAUCUCGAAUCUAGUCUUGCAAGACCUAGCAAAAUCCAGGAAGAAGAAACAUAACACAAUAUGUCGGGCGCAUGUUUCGACAAAGAUGUUUUCAUUCCCAGCCGCUUCCUUGUUCCUCAGUCAGGUCAGUCGAACACGCAAAUACAAAAUGAGUACACUCGCAAGGAGCCGCUGUUGGCCACAGUUCAACCCAACUCCAGCGCCUGAUGCCACUCACUAGGCCACGCCCCUUUAAGGCACACAUCCAACAUGCAUACUGCAUAUUUGUCCGGUUGGCGAUCUUGGCGGUCGCUGAUUGGCUGAGGCCUAGGACAAGAGGCGGUGCUUACUCGGUGACAUUGUCCAAAUGAGCGACGCUGUCAUGCGGUACCUCGAGCGGCCAGAGGUGGCGUUGCCUAGCCUCUUGCGCUUGGCAGGCGUCUCAUCCCGAUCCUGUCCACGGGAGGAAGGCUGAGGCGUCGCCGUGGCAACGCAAUCACGCUGACAGCCACGCAGACGACAACAACACUUCAGCGUGUUCUGACCCGUACCCGUCGGCCGCACGUUUGGCGGCGGCGCCGGCGGAAAGUCGAUCCAACCGAUUCGGCGGCGGCGCGUUCGCCUUCCUCUUGGGCUCCGUCACGCCGUUCUCCGCCUUCGCGGGGCGAUCCGCCCGCAGCGGCUCGAUACCGCCCGUGUGGGCCGACGAGGCGGGCGCGGACCACGUGGAGGCGGCGCCGUCUACAUGCUGGAAACGCCAACACGACACAACGCAGAUGGGUGGCAUCAGGCUAGUUGCAGGUUCUGCUUCCACACCGUGAGCCAAUGGAGAAAGAAAAUGAUUCCGCUCCGUGUCAGAAAUUUUGAGCCAAGCUAUCCCGGACGGACGUCUUGUGGCUCUGCACACGCAGAACUUUUUUGUGGUCCCGUUCCAGUUUGUAACUCUUAAAUCCGAUGUAAACUCAACUAUCUGUGGUUUUGAACUCAUUCCUCUUCUACCUUAACGCUCUAGUGUGGUUCUGACUUCAAUCCAAUCAACUCUCUGGCUCUGAGGUCCCUGGAACCUCACCUAUCUGUGGUCCUGAUCCAAUCCCCUUCAACGUCAACAAUCCCUGGUUCUGAACUAAAUGCCUCUAAACCUUACCCUUGUGGUUCUGACUUACAGUGGGUACGGAAAGUAUUCAGACCCCCUUAAAUUGAAAUUGAAUCACGAGGUUCUGAACAUAACAGUGAUUCUAUAAAGUGGCUCUUCUCUGUUCAUAUCCAUCUUGUUUGUGUUAGCCGUGGACAUAAGCGCUUUCUUCCCAAUUGAGAAUCAUCGUUCAAAUUUCUGAAUCGCUCAGCUCAACAUCAUCGUGAGCAAUGUGAUAAAGGAAUAUGAGCCAUUCAUGUAGUCAACGUUUUGCUGGUUCCAUGGACUUUGUGGACGUCCAAUUCAAUUCCAGGACCUCGUGUUGGUUAUGUUUCAUCUAUUUGUGGAUUUAAUUGUAACACAAUACACACACACACACACACACACACACACACACACGCGAGCAGGCGGAAGUAUCCAAUCUCUCCAGCCGCCGGAACAUCUUGUUCGAGCUCAACAAAAAGACGUUUCCGACGCACGGGCAUUGGCGCGCGCCGGCAGCGGCCUCACUUGAGCAGCCUAUGGGAGGACUCGCAGGCCGGUGAUGUCGCCCGCCGCGCGGGUAGGCAUGCCGCCGGGCGACACCCGAGCCCUGUCGGCUUUCGCGCGGUGUCGGUAACGUGUCAUUACUCCCGCUGCGCACUGUGGAAAUAAUGGGCACGAUAUAAUGUUUGUAGGCAAAUGUAACAAGACCACAAUUCUUCGCAGGAAUGAGGGCGGGACGUCGAAACUCGGAUUGGAAGUGAGAAGCAUUCAUGGGGAAUAUCCCUCAACCGCUUCAAUCGUGGGAUUACGAACACGAUUUCAGUAUUCGCAGUAGCAGCGUUAGUAAACGGGACAUACGGUCGUGUCUUGAGAUUGAUCGAUUUGAUUUGGUGAUAGCGUUUGCACAUUUGCAGGAACAGCGCAAUGUCCAUUGAAGGCAAGUCAAAAGUGUGACAAAAACUGUUCCAGUCUUUCCAUUUGAUUUAUGUAUGUUGGGCUUUUGGGGGGAGGCCGGAACGUGUCAAUGGCAUUUGCAUUCAUUUCAACGAGGGAAAAAUGAUUUGCGAUACGAGUGAUUUUAGUGACGAGCGUGCUCGCGGAACAAAUACAACUCGUAUCUCAAGGCGCCAUUUGAAUGUGUCGUCCACGCAUAGCGGCCGUGCGCCUGGACUCCGAGCGCCGCGCCCGCCCGCCCGCCAGUUGUGAAAUUGAACAAGCGAGGAAAGGUUUCAUUAUUGUCGGGGGUCGAACAUUCCAGAGUAUCGGAGCCCAAAUAGAGAAGGCUCUCGAGUCCGGAACCCGCGGCCUUCUUCUUUAAUCGGCAUUGGGUCCGGGAAGCGCUUUCAGACUCUUUUGUAAAUAAAGGAAAAGACAAAUCAACUUAACGGAACAUCAAGUUGACUUCUUUGCUCUCUGGGUCCCCGACAGACCGGCGUGUCGCGAGUGUACGAACGUUCGUUUGACUCGGCGAUUCAAUUUGACACUUGACGGAGUCGAAGUUUUGGCUUGACAGCAGGUUCUUUGGAGGUGUGUCGGCGUUGUCUCGCUCGCUCUUUCUCGUCGCCUCCAGCUCUCAGCGGGCGACCGUUGUGGACAGCAAAGGCGUCUCAGCUUAGCUGAGAUUAGCGGCAACGAGCCCGCGGCUAAUCAGCGCUUUCCUACGGUCACGCGUACGCACCAAACAGAGAACAAAGUCGGUGUGUGUGCGCGCGGCAGCAUUUCUUGCUUGUUUUUGAGGGGGUUGUUAAUUUCUGCGUGCAGAAGUCAAACAAACGGUCCAGCUUGUUUUGACUUCAUCUCCACAGGGGGCAACACACACACUCAAGAUUAACCAGGCAGGUUCACACGCUCACACGCUAUCAUGACACUUUUGUGUUUUUGUUGUAGAAUUCAUUCAAGUAGUAACCUCAGAAAAGACGAACUAUUUUCUGGGCGUUUUACAAAAACACACACAUCAGGUUAGUUCAAGUCUAUUUUGUCUCAAUUUCAACAAAUAGUUACAUUAGGUUGGUUGCCUUGCUGCGUUUUGCGAAGUACCGUCAGAGCGGAAACGAACCGCUCGUCAGCUAGUUAUCCGUAAGCGGCUCAGGACUCAGGACUCUUUGAUGGUUCUUUGCGUGUCAUGAGUGUGAUUGACAGGUCAAGUUGUCAGUUGUUUGUGACUCGAAGGCUAGCCUCAUGUGUUCCGAUGCAGUUUCCCGACUGUUUUCGACGCGAAAACGUCAUAAUGAAGGCGACGGGCCGUCCGCCCGCGUCGGCGGACUGCCGGCAGCCGCCGCUGUUGUCCCGUCCCGCCCUCAUUAGGCUCCCGGCGGGGAGGCGGAACGGGAGGCGGGGCGGGCGGGAUUUAGCAUCUGUGCUCACUCCACUUGGUCCAGUUCUGGUGGUGGGAUCCCGAGACCCGGGUCUUCCCCGCAUCCAGGAGGCAUCGUAAGCAGAUGCCCGAGCCAAACUCCCAUCUUUUUGAGAUUGGAGUGAGUGCGAUAUUGCGGUCGCACUACCGGGAUGUACCCGUGUUCCGAAUUCAAACUCAUGUUCAGUGGGACUCGGCGCUUUCAUAUACCUCCAAUUAACGCCCAAUCAAAUUUCAAAUUGCUUUUCCUGACUUUUUGAGCGAUUGAGCAGAAGCCUGAAGUGUUUGUGCUCAGACUCAUUGCUAUUUGGAACUGUUCAUAAUUCCCUCCACCUUGACUAAGGCCCCAGUUCCAGUUCCAGUUCCCGUGUUCUCGACGCUGGCACCGCCACGCUUGCCGGUGCCGUCCCGGCUUUCUCUUUCGGUGAUGAAUAGUGUUGUGUUUGCGCCGGAGAUAACGUUUGAACUUCUGGGCCAAAAGUUCAACCUUGGUUUCAGAAUUUUGCAAAAACGCACUUGAAAUCUCCCAAACGGAUGUGGGGAAAUGUAGAUGGGAGAAUGAGGGCCUGCCCGCUCGCCGGCCGCCCGCCCCCCCGAGGUCCGGUGUCCGCUCGAGGCUAGCAGCUGGUCGCUGGGUAAUCCCGCGUCCCGCCGCCGGACGUGGGCAAACGCGGGUUUGUCCGACCCCGGCGGACCCCGGGGGCUAAUUGGAAAACGAGAGGCCCAAAGCAUCAAAGUGGUCACCUGCUGAGGGACACGCCCGUCUGACACGCGCACACACGCGGUGACCGCUGACUUUGAUCGGCACAUAUGGCGAACACAAGGUUAUUGUGCCAUCCCAUAAUAACGUGCACGAAACACCUGACGGUCGCUCAGUGGACUUCGGAAAAGCACCCGACGCCAAACGCAGCGGCUGCAAACAAAGGUGAGAAAAGCGCAACAGUUAGCUACAACUAUUUACCAACGGUGCCGCAAAGCAUGCUGGGAGUACCGUUUCUUUCCCCGUCGCUACAAUACAGGGUGAUUAGAAAGUAACUCCCUAUUUUAAAAUGCUUAUAAUGUAUUCAUAUGUUGUAAUAUGUUUCUCAUUUUUGUUUGUGUAUGUUCCGUGAUGUAUGGAAAUGAAAUACAUAAAUGAAAACGACUUUGGAAGAACUUGGAGGGCGAAUACGAGAAGUUACAUCUUCCAUCCCACAAGAGUUCCUUGCGAAAUCAGUUUCACGCGGUUCCCAGGCGGCUUGAGAAAGUGCUGGCUCACGCUGGCGCCCAUAUCCAAUUUCAAAUAAACGCCAUGCAAUACA